AUGAAACAUGGGUGGGUUUGUACACAGCCCAAACGCCACAAGCGUCGGGUUUUGACGAAAGCCGACGAAAAAUCGCCCGAAAUGGUUCAUGAAGAGUUACGUGGUUACAAGCGGAUGCUCAUCAUGGCAAUGGAUUUCUGGGACGUGGCGUUCUGGCGACUCUGUCCUGAAAAAAUGACCGUCACUGCUGAAGUGUAUCGCCAGUUUCUCGACGAUAAUAUCGACAAUCGGAUGGCAGCACACAACUUCAAGAAGCCAAUUAUCGCUCAUGACAGUGCCAAGCCCCACGCAUCUCGAAUUGUGCAGCAGUUUCUUGAAGAAAGAAAACUAUCGAAACGAGGUUUCAACCGCCGUAUUCUCCCGGCCUCCAGCCGUACAACCUCAACUGCUUCGGUCAAAUGA